AUGAUUAGAUUGCAAGUGAAAAUUAUUUUAUGGCCUCUUAUAAUUUUGUGUGUGUUUUCAUUUGGCGUGCAAAUUGAAAACAUAAAUUCCAAUGAGACUGCAGCUUUUGUGGAUUUUUUGCGCUCGCAGCAACUGCGGCAUGCGCUGGUGGUGCGCUCCGGUGGCGGCAACAGCGCUACUCUAGUUCGGAGCUAUAGCGAAUUAUUGGCCAAUUAUCACGUGCAAUUCUUCAAUUUAAAUGGCAGUGUGAAAUUUGAGGAACUCUUCUACUAUGGGGCGCCACGAACGGGUAUAUUUAUGGGAUACUUUCCAAGUGACGAGCAUAAAAAGCGUGUUUACAAUGCUGCCUCAACUGGUGGAUUUUUUAACGACACGCAGGCUUGGUUUAUUCUCAAGACAGGAAUCGAAAGCUCAAUUACAGACGACCAAUUAAUUGAGCAGGAAUUGGGCGACUAUAAUAUUAACAUCAAUGCAGAUAUUACAGUGGCUAUGCAACGACAGGGCAACACCAGCUGGCUGCUCUAUGAUGUAUACAAGAUAAAUCACAGACAGCAGACUCCACUGCGCGUCAACUACAAAGGAGAGUGGUCCUUGAAACACGGCUACAAGUUGCUGGACACUUUCAAGAGCAGCUGGAUCCGGAGGCGUAGGAAUAUGGAAAAUAUAACACUACGCACCAGUACAGCGUUACUGGAGAAGCCAGUGGAAUUAGAGAAUAUGGCAUAUCUGGCCAAUGAUAAGGACCUCAUGCAACUGGAUCCUAUGCAACGGAAAACUUAUCAGCUGCUGCGGAACAUGGAGCGGCUCUACAAUGUUAGCUUGUUCAUACGCUUCACCGAUAAUUGGGGGGAAUUGCUUCCCAAUGGCAGCUGGUAUGGAGUUAUGCACGAUCUGAUAGUCCAUAAAGCCGACUUUGCUUUAUGUCCUAUGCGCUUUGUGCCAAAUCGGCAGCGCUAUAUACAAUACUCACCCGAGUUGCACACGCAGUUCAUUCACUUUCUGUUUCGUCAUCCACGCCGCAACAAUAUUCGCAACAUCUUCUUCGAGCCACUGAGUGUGACGGUCUGGUAUUGUGUGCUCGGCCUUAUCCUUUGUAGCAUGUUGUUGCUGCUCCUUCAUGUGCAUCAGGAGCGACGACUGCAGCCCGCAAAGUCGUCACAGAACCACCUCGAAGUGCGCAUCGCUUUCGCCUGGUUCACAAUUCUGGAGACCUAUCUGCAGCAAGGACCAGCCACGGAGCUCUUUCAGCUGAUAUCCACUCGGCUGCUCAUUUGUGCCAGCUGCAUUUUUAGCUUCAUGAUCAUGCAGUUCUAUGGAGCCUUUAUUGUAGGAUCCAUGCUCUCUGAUAGUCCGCGUAGCAUUGUUUCGCUGCAAACUCUUUACGCGAGUAGCUUGGACAUUGGCAUGGAGAAUGUUUCGUACAAUUUCGUGCUCUUCACUAAUACCUCAAAUCGGUUGGUGAGGGAUGUCUAUACUAAGAAAAUUUGUCAUGCGCCUGCCAAGAAUAUUCUGAACAUAAGUGAGGGAGCGGAUAGAAUACAUGCCGGUGGUUUCGCCUUUCAUGCCUCCAUAGAUCGCAUGUAUCGAUUGCUCAUUGGAUUGCUGGACGAACAGGAGUUUUGUCAGCUACAGGAGAUCAUGUUCAAUGCGCCAUAUACCUCUGCCUCUGCACUGCAGAAGAGUUCGCCGUGGAGGGAACAUUUGGCCCAUGCUGUGCUGCUCUUGCGGGAGACAGGACUGAUGCAAUACAACGACAAGUUGUGGACUGUGCCCAAGCCCGACUGCUCUCUAAUCAAAGCGACACAAGUUGAGGUGGAUCUGGAGCACUUCGCGCCGGCACUUUUUGCCCUUUUGCUGGCCAUGAUGGGCAGUGGACUCGUAUUUCUUGUAGAGCUGCUGUUCUCAUGGGCAUCUCCUAAUUUUAUAAUUCUUUCUGGAAAUAAUGUGUUAAUUAUAAUUCAAUGUCAAUUUAUCUACGAAAUAAAAACUAAACCAAUUUCCACCUAA